AAGAAGAAGUAACGCGAGUAAAGUGAGGAAGUAAGGAAGUGAGGAAGUGGAGCUGCGGGGCUGUGAAGUGGACAGCAGAGUUUUGUGGUGUGUGCUGUCCUUAAAGCGCUUUUUUUCCCUUUCUUUAGCCGGUCUUUCUUAUCAGGUACAGAAUGUCUAAGAACACGGUGUCCGACCGCUUCAGGAAAGUCGAUGUAGAUGAAUACGACGAGAACAAGUUCGUGGACGAGGAAGAGGGAGGAGAGAACCAGGGCGGUCCGGACGAAGCAGAAGUGGACUCUCUGCUCAGACAGGGGAACAUGAACGGAGCCCUCCAUGCUGUCCUGAAGAAUCCUCCAAUCAACACCAAGAACCAGAAUGCUAAGGAGCGAGCAGAGCUGCUGGUGGUCAAAGUGCUGAGCAGCUUUAAGAGCAGUGACAUAGAGAAGGCCGUGGGCUCUCUGGACAAAGCAGGAGUGGACCUGCUCAUGAAAUACAUCUACAGAGGCUUCGAGAAGCCGUCUGACAACAGCAGUGCCGUGCUGCUGCAGUGGCACGAAAAGGCCCUGGCAGUGGGAGGAGUGGGCUCCAUCGUUAGAGUCCUGACUGCUAGGAAGACGGUCUGAUGAUCUGAGAACCUGCAGAGUCCAGUUACACCAGAGCUGAUUGUUUCUGGACUUCUAUUUUUGCACAGGAGCUGAGUGUCCUCCUGCUGCACUUCUUUCUUCCUCUUCCUCCUCCUCCAUCUGCAUUCACGCUGUUCACUCACAUCCAGGAUUUUGAGGUGCUGGCACCUCAUACAGUCUGUUUGGCAGCGCUGCAGAGAGACGGCUCACUCAGACUCAAAGCAGCUCAUUGAAGCAGCUUCCCGGCUGCUCUGCUGGCUCACUGCAACAUUUCUCCCUCUGCUCUGCAGCUUCCUCCUCCUCUCUGGAGCGUCUGACUCAUUCAGGUUGAGAUGGAACAGAUGGAUGAACUGGCGUUUCCCCUGAUUUUUGCCCAGUGCAUUAUGGGAUGAGAUUCCCUUUUUCACAACUUUCUGAAUAUGUUUGCUUUUUUUUUUUUUCUACUUGCACCAAAACUGUGGUGUUUGGUUCAGCCUGACCUCUGGCUGUUCUGCUUAUGCUCAUUCAUUGUAUACUUGAAACAAGAAUAAAGAGCUGAAGCUUUACAUUCA